CUGUCCCUGGCGAAUAAGAGAGCAAAAUUUAACCACAUUUCUGACAGUACUCACGUAUUCUUGGCGCUCGCUGUCGGGAACCUGAGCAAGGAUUUUGCCAACGAUUGACGAAAGAUGAAACAGAAUCACAAAACGGAGGUUAGCCGCACAAGGUUUCGCCUGUCGUCGCUUUUAUGCAUAGUUAGUCGUUUCAUCGUGAUUUUGCACAACAUCGCAAAUGUUACUAGCGACAGUUUGCAAAGCGGUGAGAACUGUGUAUCAUCUAUCAAAGGAGUUGUUCUCGUGAAACACAAUUACGCAUCAUUUGUUGUCCAGAACAUGUUUGCGUGUUAUUACCAGUGUAAAGGAGACAGACGAUGUCAGAGCUUUAAUUUUUAUGAAAAGACGAAAAUUUGUGAGCUGAACAACCGCACUCAGAUCGUGGGACAUUUGAAUUUUCAGCCACAGGAGGGCGCCUUUUACAUGGAGAACCCCUUCAGAGCCACUCCAGGCUCCUUUUCCGAGCUUCCUGCAAUCUCCUGUCAAGAAAUAAAGGAAAGUUCAGGCGGACUGGUACCUAGCGGAAGAUUUUGGUUAGAUUCAGGGGAGUCUGGUGACAACCUCAAGACAGCUUACUGCGAUAUGGAAAGAGGAGUCAUCGUGGAAUGCACCGCCAAUCCAUGUCAGAAUGGUGGCUCAUGUGACUAUCAGGGGAAGGGACAGUAUACAUGUCGUUGUCCACAAGGGUACAGCGGGGAUCACUGCGAAAAGGACGCGUGUUCCAGCCAGCCAUGUUUGAACGGAGGCAUAUGCAAUGCUACCGCGAGUGGUUUUACAUGUUCAUGUUCGCCAUUGCUAACCGGUGUACGCUGCGAGAUUGGUAUAGGGGUCGGGUGUGAUAAUUACAUAACGAACAAUGACCUUGAUCGGAGUGUUCAUGUACGUCAAUCCAAUAACAAUGGUAAAUGCGAUAAAACGUUGUUAGAGGGCUGGUACCGCUUCAAUAGCACCGCGGGCACAAGAAUACCAGACUACUGUGUGAAUACGACAAUGUGCAACACUCAUUCUCCUGGUUGGCUCAACGGGAUCCACCCGACCCCGCAAGAGGGUGCCGUGAACCGCACUAUUUGUUUCCAUUUCGGCUCAAACUGUUGCGCGUGGACCUCAGCUAUAAUGAUGAGGAAUUGUGGGUUGUUUUCUACGUAUAAACUGUCACCCACUACACAAUGUUCCCUCAGGUAUUGUGUGACAAAUUAGACUGCGUGACACUGGAAGCUAAGUAGCAUAAAGCUGAACGACUUGGCUCAGUUCGACUCAGUGGCAAAGUAGUUUCCAAAGAGGCUUUUGACUGGCCAGAUCGGGGAAGUAAAAAGCUGUACUAGAUACUAAAAAGAGUGAUAGAUGUAGAUAAACUAAGGUAACCAACUGAGGACAGCUGUGGUUUCAUUCAGAGCACUCACCAUCAUCAUUUAGGUCGGGAAUCAAACGUUUCGGUGGGAGAUGACAUGGGAUAGAACAUGCUUAGAGGAGUUUUACAUUGCGAGUAUUAUUCUCACGCUUAUGAAAACAGACAAUUUUGUUGUUAGCUGUGUUUAAAGUCAGAGUACACAUGCAAAUCAAAACUACUAAAUUCUACAGCUUCCUUGAAAAAAAAAGUGAUAUUAGUCCACAAUUUUACGAGGGAACACGCGAUUAAUUGUUUAUUAUGUAAAGGGCAAAGUUUCUUUUGCU